UGCUUCUAGUAUGUUGUGUUUGUCAUCCGAAGCUAGAUCGUCACUUAGAACAAACUAGGAGAUCCUCUUUUGGAUAGAUACUUUUUUUUCUUACUAUUUUUGUAUCCAACAAGUUCUCUGAUUUUAUUUAAAUUUAAGCUCAUUAAAAAAAAAUAGGAAGAAAACUUGAAAGUGAAAAGGAAAUUUUGUGAAAUUUUGAUUUUCGGAAAUUUUUGAUCGUUAGAUACUUUUUAAGUGCAAAAGAUACUUGGAUAAUUUUUAAGAUACCCGAGUUCGUUUUUUCUAACCGUGGAUGUAAAACUAAAUACUUCAAAUUUUCUUCAACAAAAAAACGGCAGGAUACCAAAAAGUGUCCUGGAAAGUGUUACUCGCUCUUGCCUUCGCGUGUGAACAUAACAUUUUGGUAGUGUUUGACAGUAGUUUUGAAAAAAAAAAACGUUACAGUGAAAAAAUGUAUUUUAACCCUCUUAGUUGGGCCUUAGUGCUGUGUACCCUUGCCGGACUUAUAGACAGUGUCUUUCCCACACCCAGUCCUAAUUAUCCGGGAGUAAUCGAAUUAGUCGGAUUUAGCGAUCGAAAAGCCCGCACCCAUUACAUCGCCCCCGAUGACAUGCAUCGUCAAUCAAAAACCAAAAUGGCUGCCGACAUAGAAACGGUCAAACAAAAUAUUGAAAAAUACAAUAAACUCCUGAAAAUGGAUACGAAGAACCUGCCCGAUUCCCAAAAGGAAAUCCUCGAAAGAAUUGUCGAAAGAGUGGCACGUCUCAAGGAAUCUAUUGACAUAAACCAGGCUCAGGAUAAUUUAACUAAUGCAAGUAGCAGUGAAUCAGCUGAUGCUUCGCCUCCAACUGAAAGCCAAGAGACAACUCUAUCGGAUAGCUUGGCGACAAGUUCUGAAUCGGAGGCGGCCUAUUCACCAUCAUCGUCCAGUUCGAUCGAAGAUACGACAAAAAAUCUCGAUGCCAUAACAACCACUUCAGAUGGAUCACUGAUGAUGUCGACAGCGGUGGAAGAUAUGGAUGAUUACUCAAUGGCGACCAAUCAAGACAUCAACGCAAGUGGAGAAAUUGCUGCUGCCAAAGAAAUGGACGCCAUCGCCACUGAUUCUGAUUCCGUUGCCAAUGCCGACAACGAUGAUGAAUCUAACAUUCAUGAUGAUAUAUCAUCUGAAUUAAAUGAAGACAACGAAGGAGGCGGUGGAGAUGAUGGAGAAAUUCCAACUUCGACGACUAUCGGCUCUGGGGAGACGGAUGAGGAUCAAUUUGUUGCGGCAAGAUCUAAUAACAAUAAUCAUCGUACCCUAGUUUCCACGAGCAAGACUAAAUCACGACCCAACUCAACAAAGAGGCCAGGUUCGUCAUCAUCAUUGGCAUCAUCAUCGUCAUCAUCAUCAUUGACUAAAUUAUCGACGUCAUCGAUAAAACGUGUUAAUGGCCAAAAGCCAUCAUCGAUGGUUGGAUCGUCGAUGAAGCCCACGACGACAUCAUUUGCCACAUCUUCCUCGUCUCCUUCUUCUUCUACCAUAACAACCGUUCAGCCGAUGGUAAAGAUACAAAAACCAUCGUCUCCAAUUCCAUCCAAGGAACCUUCGGAGACAAUGAUGAAAGUGCAGCAUCAAUCGCCACAAAAACAGCAACAACACCAACAGUUGAAUAAAAUACAAGCCUAUCAACAGCAACUGUUGCAGCAAGAGCAAGAAGCGUCUGUGGCAGCGGCUGCGGCUGCGGCUGCAGCAGCGGCGGCGACAGCGUCUUCGCUAGCUUCACUCCAACAACAACAGCAAAUACAAAUUGAACAAAAAACAAUGUCAACUCCACCGAUCCUCCAGCAGCAGCAACAGCAACAACAACAACAGCAACCAGCUCCAGCAGUUCAAAUACAACAGAGGACACCAAUUGGUGGAACUAUUGGCAGCAGUUCAGGGAGCAUCAUCACGAACACAGAUGGAAGCAGUUUGAGCUCAGACAUGCUCUACGAUUCGAAUGUGAAUACAUCUUCGAUAAUCGACAGUUUGAAUAAUGCCCGCGAGGAGUUCUACAACAAGGCAGGAAUUAAUAACAAGGAUAAGAAAACUUCAGCGACAGCAAAGCCAACGAAAUACCAUUACUAUCCACAUAACCAACAUAUCUAUUUGCUACCAGAGUGCGCUAUUCAACAAGUUUGCAAUGCAGUUUACGUACGACUUAACUACACUCAACCACUCUGCGCAUGCCCAUCAAGGUACCGGGAUCCAUGUUCGGCCAGUUUGAACGAGGACGAUCAGCAUACAACGAAAUUGGUCGGCGAUGGAAAGAAGAAGGCAAUAACAUUGGCAAAAACAUGUGAAGCUAUAACUGAGAUGCGGGAAUGCCGCACACCUAAGGAUUGGUCAUUGCUUGCUCUACAAAAUACACGCACUGGAAAGUCACAUUAUUUGGUUAUUUGCAGAUGUCCUGAUCACUUCAAAAUGGAGGGACCAAUGGCGCAUGAUCAACCCACAUACGCCAGUGUACCCGGUAUUCGUGUGUUCGGAAUGAUGUGUGUUAAACCUGGAUUCUCAAUAAGAAAACCAUCAGUUCAACCACCAAAACGCUACCAACUCCAGAAGCCUUACUACAUUCCAAAUUCCCAAAACAAAUACAGUUCGAUAAAAGACCACAGUCGACCAUCGUACGGUUCACCGUCGCUAGGAGGCAGCAGCAGUCUCAACUACCAGCCUCCUCCACAACAUCAUACUCUCCAUCAACAAGACAGCUAUCAAUACCUGAACCGACCUGAAAGUUCCUCAACUCUAUUUGUCAGUUCAUCCAACAACCAUGGCCACAAUAGUCACAAUGAUUAUCCAGAAUCAAUUAGUUUUAAUGGUGGCAUUUAUGGCCGUAAUAAUGAACGCAAUGGAGAGAAACCAAUUCCAGCUACAGAUGAAGACGUCACUAGUACCAGCUCGAGUAGCAGCAGCAGCAGUAGCGGUGUUAGUGAAAGCGACAGUCCUCCCAGCAGCAGUAGCAUCAGUCCCAUUUCGAGCGAAACAAAAUCAGAAGAAAUCAGUCGGACAUCAUCAUCAGCUGAAAUUGAUGAGUCUCCAACGACGUUAGAGGCCGCCACUGGAGCAGCUACCAAACGAGACAAAAGAUCAGUAGUAGUUGAUGAUGCCGAUGAUUUCGAAACGGAAAUUUAUGACAGUGAGGAGAGUACACCGGAAUUUCCAUGGCAACGAGCAAUGGCAUUUCAACGAUCAAUAGUGUGGGACUAAAUUAAGGGAAUAAGAACCGUUAUAAAUUUAAUUUUUCGACUGUGACUGAAAGCGCAAAACAAAAAACCUACUAUCAAAAGCCUAUAUCCGCUAGGAGUAUUAUUAACUAAAUGUCUGCCGACGAAAACUUCCAUUUUGAUAAGCUCAUUUAUGCUACACCCUAACAUGUAUCCAUUUAGCAUCAUCAUUUAUUUUCGUCGCCAAUUUAAUUAUAUAUUAAAACAAAAACUUAAAAUGUAUUUUUGUGUAGUAGAAGGGUUUGGAGGAGUAUUAAUUUUUUUUUUGGGAACGAUCUUUAAUUGAGUUCCAGAUCCAAAUUAAGUAUUUUUUGGAGAGCUUAUUAGAGAAAUGUACCCAGAAAUAUGGGAUUAUAAAUAUAUAUUUUUAAAAUAUGUUAUAAACAAUUUAAUAAUAUUUAAAUUACAUAUUUAAAAAAAAUGUAAUAGGUACAUAGUUUAACAUAGAUAAGUGUGAACGUAUUGAAAAUCGAUGAACAUACAAGAACUAUGUAAUAUCAGAAUAAUUAAAUUAUAAGAUUGAAAGAUAAAUUAUUUUUAUUUAUUUUAUUAUUUUUUGUACUUAGAUUUAA